AUAAAAACUCACAUCAUUCGGCGUUCCAGAAAUUUUCCACUGCGUCACUCUCUGUCGAUCUCUGCCCCUUCAAUUCUGCUCUGUUUCCGAGAACCCCAAAUUCACGGCAAAUUCACUGUCUCGCCCUCUCUCUCUCCACAUCCAUUUCAAUCGUUUUCUUUCGAUAGAGUCUUCGUCCGUUGUUCGUUCUUGAUCCGAUGUCGCUCCAGGCUACUCGGGCUCUGUCUCUCUUCAAGAGCGGGGACGACUGCGCCCUGUUUCGCCUCCUUUCCCCUGUUCCCUCGCCGUUCUUGCCCUGUUCGGCGAGACCCUCGACGGUACGAUUCCCGCGCGGAGGGAACGAGCGGUUUCUUGUGGUCUGCGCGUCGAAAGGAGCGAGCAACCGGCAGUUGAGCGGCGUGGUGUUCGAGCCCUUUGAAGAGGUCAAGAGGGAGCUCGAUCUCGUACCCACUUCUCCGCAUCUCUCGCUCGCUCGCCAGAAGUACUGUGACCAGUGCGAGUCGGCAGUUAACGAGCAAAUCAAUGUGGAAUACAAUGUCUCAUAUGUGUAUCACGCCAUGUAUGCCUACUUCGACAGAGAUAACGUGGCGCUCAAGGGUCUUGCAAAAUUCUUCAAGGAUUCGAGCGAGGAAGAGAGGGAACAUGCAGAGAUAUUAAUGGAGUAUCAGAACAAAAGGGGUGGAAAGGUGAAGCUGCGGUCUAUAGUGAUGCCGCUUUCGGAGUUUGAUCAUGAGGAUAAGGGAGAGGCACUAUAUGCUAUGGAGCUUGCAUUAUGUUUGGAAAAGCUGACAACUGAAAAGCUUCUGAGCUUGCAAAAAGUUGCUGAGCAGAACCAUGAUGUGCAGUUGAUGGAUUUCAUCGAGAGCAGAUUCUUGGCCGAGCAGGUGGAAAGCAUUAAGAAGAUAUCUGAAUAUGUAGCCCAGCUGAGAAGAGUGGGCAAAGGGCACGGAGUCUGGCACUUUGAUCAAAUGCUACUCCAUCGAGAAGUCGCGGCAUGAUGAGAAGGUCGGGCAUCUCGCUUCUUCUCAAAGGGUUAUGGGGAUCGCUGUACUGACAAGGUGUCGAUGCUAGCGUUGCUUAUCCAUGUGGGUGUGGCUUUGACUGUUGCGGAAAAGUCUGUUUUUGUAAAUAUUAGAGGUAGGAACGGCGAACCGAAUCGACAUUUCUUUAACGCUUGUUUUCGGAUUCAAAGUAGCGGCGAGUAACGAAUUUGCGCCUAGUGGCUGUUUCCUUGACAAGGUAUCUUCUUCU